AUGGAGGGCCUAGUAGAGGAUCAUCUAGCACUAAAAAAGUUCCUGCUGGAGGAAGGGCGAGGAAAACACGUUCUGAUGGAUGAAGUCCCCAUCACUCUUGGAUUCCAGGGAAUCAUCACCUCAGAAGCCUUAUCCAAGCACUGGGAAUGGCUCUUGGAUAUUAGGAAUACUGUGAAAUCCAUUACCAUCAUCUUUAGACCCAAUGACCAGACUUACGUAACGGACAUAUGCCUGCAGGACGUGAAGCCAGGAGGCCUCCAAAUAUUUGUCCUCGACAGAGUAAUGAGAAACAGUCGAAACAUAGCCAAACUUUUCCUGACCGUUGAAGAACAUUUACACAGGAGCUUCAUAUCUUCUGAGGGGACGCAUCAGAUGGAGAUGGGAGAGUGUAGAGGGAAGUGUCUCCCCAUCCUCUUUACAGUUCCAUCUUGUUAUUCCCUUCAUGGAAACAAAUGCAAGAACGAAACGGUCUGCCGGACCAUGAGGGCCUCAGCAGCCAUCGAAUCAAUCCGUGAGGUAUAUUCCGCGAAAUUUCAAAUGCCACUGUUUGUCGUGGUUGAUGAUGCGACGGCGAAGAAGUUGGCUCUUGUGAACACCAUCACUGCCACUGCUUCAUUCCCCAUCCUCUACUUGGAUGGUAAUGGAGAAUUCCACGGAAAGCCGUCCCCAGGAGGAUCGCCCCCUCUCGUCAUUGUUAAUGAAGAGGAAAUAAUGGGAUGCCAUCUGAAUAACAUCACUGUGAUCGUGGAUUUCCCAGAAUCGCAAUGGAAAAACUACAGUCGAUUGAUAGCAACAAAUGACGAAAAUAAGAUUCUCUUGAUUGAAGAAGAAGACUUGAAGACGGGAAAAUUCUCUCACAUCGUGAGGGAAUUCCCUGAUAUGAACAUACAACAGGAACGCAUUGACAAAAGGGAAUUCCCUGAUAUGAACAUACAACAGGAACGCAUUGACAAAGAAGGUCUCCGUCAAAAACUCAUGAGGAUGUGCGAAGGGAACAAGGAUAAUGUGAUUGAUGAGCUGGUCAACUCUCAUCGUGCACCCUUACCCAGAAUGGAAAUGGAUACAAAAGGGAGAGAAGAGGAUGAGAACGACUUGAAGAAGAUGCUUGAAGCAAGGGUUUCUGGAAUAUUCGGUUAUUCUGCCUCCGGGAAAUCCCAGCUGCUUCACAAAGUGAUUGAAAGAAUAAUAGAGCUUUGGGGUCGAGUCCUUUUUCUUCAUUGCGGCAGUGUGUUGUCACAAAAGCUCUGCCGACGGCGCUGGGGGGUAGAGGAGAACAUGGAGAUUGUUGACAUCGAUUCAAGGGAGAUCCAAUCUCUCAACGAUAUCUUCGAACUUGAGAGAAAAAAAGCUGUGGAGUACAAGGGAAAAGUGGCGGGACCCUUGGUAGUGAUUGUCGAGGACUGCCCUUUGAGGAGGGAGAUGGAAUAUGAGAUCAACGCUGUCAUUGAGAGAUUGAAAGAAGGGAUGAAGCUCAUCAUAGCUUUUAAACCUCAUUCCAAUGACCCUCAACGAGUCUGUGUAGAGAGUCUGACAAACGUCCUCGAAAUGAACCCAGACUGCGUCGCAAUUAAACUUCAAUCUCAACCAACCAAUGAGCUUCUUCUUAAGCAUAUUCAGAAGAACGAAAUUAGAACAUCUUUGAAGCUGAAAGCGAAGAGUCUGCCCAUUUCUUCCGUGCUCGAUACCUAUGUCUUUGGCCCACCGGUUCUAUACAUCAACUACAAGUGUUCAGGUCGACACUUCGGAUACAUUUGUAAGGGAGGAGGACCAUGCAGUAAAUCUAUGGGUUCUGCAUCUUGGUUUAAUACUGAUAGCCUUUUAAACAUUUUAUCUUCCCUUUUGGCUCCCCUGAGAGGGGCAACAGAUCAGCAGCUUCAUAUCCUGGUAUCAGAUGAAGACUUGCUAACGUCCUUGCAAGGGCUGGAAACCGACCUUGAUAUGCGAGUAAUUCACCCCAAAAACUUUCGUGGGUGUCAAGCUUCAAUCGUCAUCUCAGUGGACGUGGGUGAUGACUGGUUAUUGGAAGUUAUCUCCCGUGCUCGAACUCAACUCAUCAUCAUCGACAAUAUCCCCAGUCAUGCAGAUCUCUGGAAAACCAUGAUUGAAAAGCGAGUUGUGCAGACCUGGGACACUCAUCCCAUGGACAUUGAACGUGGCCCUAGAAUUCUACUGACGCUAGAUGAGAAGGAACAGUUUCUAAGGAAGAUUCUAGGGGAUGAAGGUCUCGCAGAUCAUUUGCCUUCCGUCGAACGUGGAGCAGCCCUCCUAAAACGACCGAUCGUCCUUAUUGGGGAGAAAUUCUCUUGGACAUUCAUCCCGACAGAAGAAGAAGCAAAAAGUGAAUUGAGCGGAAUACUCCUCUUCGCCCAAGAUUUUCCUCCUUAUAUUCACAUCCUCCCUAUUGUACCAAGCGGUGGAAAAAUAUGGAUGGAUGUGGAAAAAUUGCCGCCAGUAUAUGGGGAACGCAAAAUUCCCCCAUCCUUGGUGAGCAUCUCCUUUCGAGGGCGAGUGGAUGUGAAAUGGAGGGCUCAUACUGUUCCUCUUCUGUGGGCCCUGGACCGGAGUCUGGCAGGAUUAACUCCUCUUAGCCCAGCUCUGCUCAUUUGGUGGAUAUCCGGAGGCAAUCAGGAGCUCCAGCUUCUGCUCCUGUCCCAAUUCCGUCAUCUUGUAACAUCGUUCGAACAGCUGGACAGUGGACUUUUUGGAGCCCAUAAUGCUUUGCCGUCCAUAGACGACAAUACCCGAUGACGAAGAUUGUGAUGCCUAGGAGCUUAUAGGAGACUGCCCUCUAAUUGACCUCAACAUUUCAGAUGCACAUUCAAAGAACCCAGAGAUUUUAUGCAUCAUCCUUUUGAGGUCUUUCGCAAUUUCCAUACAAAGUUGGGAUUAAUCCCAAGCAAUUUAUAUCUUAAGGAAACCCGU